GGUCAAUGAAAAAAAGAGAAACAGUGAAAAAUUAUUUUCACGCCUGUAUUUUAAUAGAAAAUUUAAUAAAAAUCAUAAACUUUAAUUAAAAACCUAAUAGUUCUUAUAAAUAAAAAUGGUCAAUACAGUUUUUAAUAAAUUUCUUCUGAUAGCCGGCUUUGCCAGUUUAGCACAUGCAGCCUAUUCAGCAGCUCAUUAUCGCACUUAUUUGCGUUUAACCGAACAAGAAUUUACUAAACUGCCUUUGGAUAUUGUUGUCCAAAUUGUGGUCAGUUUAAUUGUUGUCAUUUACAACCUCAUUCAAAUUGUGGGUAAUUUUAAAGAAAUUCGUGCCACCGUUGAUAUGCAAGCCAAAUCCUGGGAUACAUUCGGUAACUUUCCGUCAUUUUAUUCAUUUAAUCAUAGAGGUAAAGCCUUGUCACCAAAUUAUGUGCCCGAAGAGGAGGCUGAAGGUAAAUCAAAAUUGGAUUUAAAUUCAUAAAUCUUUAAAUAUCUAUAUGUAACUUAUGAGAUAAGUAAUUGUAAUUUCUUUUUUGUGUGGUUUUUAAAUAGAUGAUCAUUAAUUAUCUGUAUUUAUCAUAAAGAAACUAAUAAGUAAAUGAUACCAAAACAAGUUGAAAUCUUUAAAUGUCUUCUUCAAACACAAUAUCGACCACAGGCGAUAGGGCGAAACGUAUAUAUUUUAUUUAAUAAAAUUUUACAUUAAAAAUUGGA